AAUUUCCUUUGGAGAAUGGGGAACUUUUGUUUUACAGAACAAAGUCAAUAUUGUUAUCAACGGAUGGGAAAGGUAUGGAGUCAGUGAAAUUGUGUUCUUCCAUUGAAGGUACAAGUUCCUUGUCUCUAAGUACCGGAUUCUGCAGUCAUUCCGAAAGUAGUCCAGCUUUCGGUGUAUUUUGGAUAAGCUUGUACAACACUAGCCAUUUAAGGUCAAGCAAUUGGGCAACUCUUAACCACGUGGACUGCGCAGGUUUCCAUCUCAGAGUUUGCAGAAUCUCGACAUCUCUAGAGCCCUGCACCAUCCCAGCUCUGUCUGCACGACCCCAGGAAGAUACUGGAUAAACCUCGUUUGACUGAAACAAAACAAAACAAAAGGGCCACUGGAUGUCUGCCUUCUUGGGGGGUGAGCCAGACAGACUGACAAACAAACAGACCCAGCUGAGCUCGGGGGAGGGUUUCUCCUCCGGUUUUGCCCGGCAGCAGCAGCAUGGACGUGUUGGCUAGUUAUAGUAUAUUCCAGGAGCUACAACUUGUCCACGACACCGGCUACUUCUCAGCUUUGCCAUCCCUGGAGGAGACCUGGCAGCAGACAUGCCUGGAGUUGGAACGCUACCUCCAGACGGAACCCCGACGGAUCUCUGAGACCUUCGGCGAGGACUUGGACUGCUUCCUCCACGCCUCUCCUCCCCCGUGCAUCGAGGAAAGCUUCCGGCGCCUGGACCCCCUGCUGCUCCCAGUGGAAGCCACCCUCUGCGAGAAGAGCUCCGCAGUGGACAUUCUGCUCUCUCGGGACAAGUUGCUCUCCGAGACCUGCCUCAGCCUCCAGCCCACCAGCUCUUCUCUGGACAGCUACACAGCGGUCAACCAGGCCCAGCUCAACGCAGUGACCUCAUUAACGCCCCCCUCCUCCCCCGAGCUCAGCCGCCAUCUGGUCAAAACCUCGCAGACUCUCUCCGCCGUGGAUGGCACGGUGACGUUGAAACUGGUGGCCAAGAAGGCUUCCCUCGGCUCGGUGAAGGUGGCGGCGGCGGCAGCGGCGGCGGCCGUGACACCAGCCGGCGCGGUUAAGAGUGGACAGAGCGACAGCGAACGCGAACCAGGAGGGGUAGGGGCCGACACAUGCCCCGAAAACAAGAAGAGGGUCCACCGCUGUCAGUUUAACGGGUGCCGGAAAGUUUAUACAAAAAGCUCCCACUUAAAGGCCCACCAGAGGACUCACACAGGUAGUCGUACAGGUGAGAAGCCUUACAAGUGCUCAUGGGAAGGCUGUGAGUGGCGUUUUGCACGGAGCGAUGAGCUCACGAGGCACUACAGGAAACACACAGGUGCAAAGCCCUUCAAGUGCAACCACUGUGACAGGUGUUUCUCCAGGUCUGACCAUCUUGCUCUCCAUAUGAAGAGACAUAUCUAAACAAAACAAAACAACAACAACAACAACAAAAAAAAAAAAA